UCAAGUGUUUGGACAGGAUGACGUUGCCAGCCGAAAAACCGUUGGGACUAGGUAUAAGGCCCAGUGAAAACAGAAGGGCAUCGAAACCUUUGAUGGAGAAGAAGAGAAGGGCGAGAAUAAAUAAAAGCUUAUGCGAAUUGAAGUCACUUAUCUUGGAUACGGUCAAACAAGAAACACAGAACCCUCGACACUCCAAGUUAGAGAAGGCGGACAUCUUGGAAAUGGCUGUCAGACACCUUCAAACCCUUCAGGGACAAGAUAAAAAAGAUAUUUACACCUCGAAAUUCCGAGCCGGGUUUGAGGAAUGCACGAGGGAAGUGGACCGCUACUUUUCCGAGGAUCCAAAAGUGGACCCCUCACUAAAAUCCAGGUUAUUGACUCACCUGGGCGGUUGCUUAUCUUCACUCCGUCCAGAGGAAGAAGAGGCCAAACCGGAAGCGGAGACAAAACGCGACGACCCCAAAGUGGUUCCUUUAAUCGUCAGCAGACUACCAAACGGCCAGUUGGCCUUAGUGAUGCCCGAAAAGUGCCAAUGUUUACCUGUCAUAAAUCUGCCAUUGGAUUUAUCCAACCGACCCAAGGAAUUCGUUGGCCCCCUGUGCCACCAUCCCGACCCUAAACUUCCUCAUCGUCUGGGGCCCGAUGAGGUGUGGCGGCCUUGGUAGUAGGCCCAAAACUGUAAAUAACCCAAGCGUAUUAAGUCUACAGAGGAGAAUCACAAGCACGAAGCACCCCUUGGGAGAUUCUUAAUCCACAGGUUGAUGAGGAUGAUAGGGAUGAUCCCAUUCAAGUAAAAUAAAAAUCAUA